AUGUUGGACUUUUCAAAAAAACGCAUUCAAUUCAAAGAUGCGUACAAACGACCACAAUGGGCAGUGGAAGCUACCUCAAAGACUGACCAUGCAAUACAUCAUUCUGAAGGAUGUUCUGUCAUUCCUUUUUUUAAUGAGAAGCGAACUACAAAUAGGGCAUUGGGAAUUUUGUACUCUCAACGUAUACUCAAUGAGUCCCUUGUUACUGGCUCGGCUCAUCGAGUCAGAAAACUAGAGCGGUUCCGUAUGAAGAAUGUGGCUUUGUUCAACAGCAAAUUGUCUCACUCUAUUCAUUAUUUUAAAAGAAAAGUACUGCUUGAAUCUGCACAACGGGUUCCUUUCAUCAAGUUUAUACAGCCGUGGAUAAUCGAGCCUUCAGAUGGAGGUCCAAGUGUUCCAUCUGUAUCCAACCUUAUGUACACGCCAGAUGAGGAAGAUAAUGAAGUUACUCGGGCUAUUCAGAUACAGAAGCAACCUUUGGAACCGCAGAUAUGUGAGGUGUCUUCAAUCAUGUUUGGCAGUAGUAUUGCUCCAAAAAGAAAGGAACUCGACUAUACAUUAAGUCUACCAAACAAUGCUUCUUGGGACGAGUAUUAUAAGCAUGAAAUGCAAGCAAAAUGGUGUCGAGACCAUUAUAAAGUACUGGAUGUCACUGUAGAUCAAAACGCUAGCCGGUAUUUUCAAGACACGUUUGUAAAGCCAACAGAAACGUUUGAUAUUGAAAGUAUAAGACAAUCGCUAAAAUCUGGAUGUAUGACUCCAGAAGCUGAAUUGGCUACCACUCGCUUUCAACUUCCAUCAAAUGAAUUUUUGGAUGCAAUCAUUUUUGCAACAUCCGAAUUUUGUUCUAGACCAAAACAUCAAUCCAUGGUUGGUGCAUUUAGCCCACAAGGACUAAUCACUUUUGGUGUUCUAAUGCAAGAGUAUUUGCGUGAUCAGAUAUCAUCUGAAAAAGGUCGAUUCUUGUCAGAUGAACAAGUUGCUAUUGCACCUCGAUUGCAAGAUCUUAUAAAUUCACCACAGCGUUGUAAAGUAUAUAACAUGUAUCUUUACAGAUAUAUAAAGAUCCAAAAGCAACUUGAAAUUGAUAGUUUCCGGUCGCCUGAUGAUAAAUUCUCUCGAUCAAGUGUAUGAUUUUCUUUGGUUAUUUUGUAGUUAGUUUUCAGGAGCUCGAGUAGUGUAUUUUGGUCAACCAUUGAAAUGAAGUUGGAUUGCCGAA